AUGGGAGCUUUCUGUUCAUGUCUGCAACCUGAUUAUUCCGACCACCAUGGAAACCAAGCUUCUUCAGUGUUUAGGAACUGCAUGUGCCUCAGAUGCUUUACCCAGCAGCUGAUCAAUGCGUACACUGUUUUGUUCCGAGCUGGAGCAGUGCAUUCUGUUUCUCCAGCUAUUGAAGCCACUCCUGUUGAUUCAAAUGAAAGCUCCUUCGAUACGUAUCGUUCACCCCCAAGACCUCUGCCCUACGGUGAUCCACGAUUUUCCCCUCCUGCUCGUGACUGGUUAAGGCGUGAGAGCCCAAGCCAUUCCCCAGAGGAAUCAGAACCACUUAGAGCAAAUGAUGAGGAGGAGGAAAUGGAGACACCAAGUAGAAUAGACAAGGCAAGUAAAACAAACUACAGCAGAAAAAUGAAAAUCUCCAGCUCUGCUUAUGGAGAUAAGGUGCCACCAAGGGAACAUGGAAAUUACUUCAGCUAUUUUUCCCCAUCUGCUGAAGAUGAAGAUGUCUGCCCAACAUGUCUUGAAGAUUAUGAUUCUGAGAAUCCUAGGAUAGUAAUGCAGUGCUCACACCAUUUCCACCUUGGCUGUAUUUAUGAGUGGAUGGAAAGAAGUGAGGCAUGCCCUGUUUGCGGAAAGGAACUGAAGUCACCCGCCUCAUAUCUGCAUUCCAACUUCUUUAAAUACAUGCUAUAA